AUGGAUCAAGAUCCUGAUUAUUCUUUUGAACAUUUAUAAGAGUUAGCAAAAUAAAAAAAUAUAUCAUAUGUUUUAAAAAGAGAUGGAGGAAAAUAAAAUAUUGAUAUUUAGAAAAUAGCAGAAAGAUUAUAAAAUUUAGCUUCAAACCUAUAGCAUAUCAAUAUAAACUUAAUAAUGUGGAAGGUUAUUCAAGGAAUGUAUGAGGGAAUAACAACUGUAUAAUUAGACAAUUUGGCGGCAGAAACAUGUGCUUAUAUGAAUUUGGUUCAUCCUCAAUAUUCUUUAUUGGCUGCAAGAAUAGCAGAAACAAGUGAAUCCUUUAGUGAAGUGGCAAUAAAAUUGCAUUCUUUCACAGAUAAAUACGGUAGACCAGCUCCAUUGAUUGCAGAUGAUGUCUAUAAAAUAAUAAUGGACAAUAAGGAUAUCAUUCAAAAAGAGAUAAAUUAUGAAAGAGAUUAUCAAUAUGACUUUUUUGGCUUUAAGACUUUAGAAAGAAGCUAUUUACUAACGAUUAAGGCAAGAAGCCAAUAGAAAGGCCUUAAUAAUUGUUGA